UAGUCAUCUGUACUCAACAGGAGUUCACAUAGAGCGUGCUGUUGUGUCAUCGUGGUGCAGUGAGGCAGCGAUACGCGGUGAGUAAUGCCUGCCUUGCUGCUUGAUGUCAGGACGGCUGUAGUGAGGAUGAAGGCGGACGAGGAUUCUCUCUGACCGUGGCAUCCUACAUUCAUUGACUAAAGCCUGCCCAUUGUCAACAUGGCAGAGCAAUGGACUGCAGUGCCCACUUCUAAUAUGGCGGCGCUGAACCGGGCUAGAUCAUUGACUGUUAUAUUCUUAAUUGUCAGCAGUUGUCUGAUCAGUAGCAUUGAUGGCAAGGACGCGCCAGAAGAGACUGUCAUCAUUGGCAUCCGGCUCGAGGACACCGACGAGGUGUCGUUCAUGGACAGUGGCUUUUUGCGCGUCAGCGAGCGCUCUCGUGUCAGGCUGAGGGUCUAUGGGCAAAACAUCAACAACGAGACGUGGUCCAAACUCGCCUUUACGGAACACAGCAUCAGCAGCGCACCUGUGGAGAGCACGAGCCCCGGAGGCGCACCUGCCUCGCAUCCCUGCGGCAUCCGAUCCUCCGAUAUCAUCAUCCUUCCCAACGUGGAGGUUAACAGAAAGACAUCUGGGAUUAUUGAAUUAGAGGUGAAACCUUUGCGAAAAACAGAGAAGAGUAAAGUGUAUUACCUGUGCAUUGCUGCCAUCACACCUGGCGCGCAGGACUCGUGGUCCGAGAACACCUGGGUUUAUCACGAGGGGCUUGACACCAAAGUGAUCGUGGUGGAGGAAAAAAAGUUCCUUCUGCCUUUCUGGCUGCAGGUGAUCUUUAUUGCCAUGUUGUUGUGUUUGUCCGGCAUGUUCAGCGGGCUGAAUCUAGGACUGAUGGCGCUGGAUCCCAUGGAGCUCCGGAUUAUCCAAAACUGCGGGACUGAGAAGGAGAAGAAUUACGCCAAGAGGAUCGAGCCAGUCCGAAGCCAAGGAAACUACCUUCUCUGCUCUUUGCUCCUGGGAAAUGUUUUGGUCAAUACCACUUUGACUAUUCUGCUCGAUGACAUCGCAGGAUCAGGGCUGAUCGCUGUAGUGGUGUCCACUAUAGGAAUUGUGAUUUUUGGAGAGAUUGUGCCACAAGCCAUCUGCUCCAGGCAUGGGCUCGCCGUGGGCGCAAACACUAUACUCCUGACUAAAUUUUUCAUGAUCCUCACUUUCCCUGCAUCAUAUCCCGUCAGUAAACUCCUGGACCACGUGCUGGGGCAGGAGAUCGGCACUGUGUACAACAGAGAGAAGCUUCUGGAGAUGCUCAGGGUGACAGAUCCGUAUAAUGACCUGGUCAAAGAGGAGCUCAACAUCAUCCAGGGAGCUCUGGAGCUCAGGACUAAAACUGUGGAGGAUGUCAUGACGCCUUUGCGAGACUGUUUCAUGAUUGCUGCUGAUACCAUCCUUGACUUCAACACCAUGUCUGAGAUCAUGGAGAGCGGCUACACACGAAUACCUGUGUAUGCGGGGGAAAGAUGUCAUAUUGUGGACUUGCUGUUAGUGAAGGACUUGGCCUUUGUGGAUCCAGAUGACUGCACGCCGUUGAAAACCAUCACCAAGUUCUACAGCCACCCUCUGCAUUUUGUCUUCAAUGAUACAAAGCUGGAUGCCAUGCUCGAGGAGUUUAAAAAGGGUAAAUCCCAUCUGGCCAUUGUCCAAAGAGUGAAUAACGAAGGAGAGGGAGACCCGUUCUAUGAAGUCCUGGGCAUCGUCACGCUAGAGGACGUCAUUGAGGAAAUCAUCAAAUCUGAGAUUCUAGAUGAGACAGACUUGUACACUGACAACAAGACAAAAAAGAGGAUCGCUCACAGAGAGAGGAAACAGGACUUCUCUGCUUUCAAACCCACAGAUAAUGAGUUGAGGGUGAAAAUAUCACCGCAGCUUCUUCUAGCCGCACUGCGUUUCCUGGCAACUGAAGUGGAAUCUUUUAGUACGGCUCAGAUGUCAGAGAAAAUCCUCCUGCGCUUGCUGAAACAUCCUAACGUCAUCCAGGAGCUCAAAUAUGAUGACAAGAACAAGAAGAUGUCAGAGCACUACCUCUUUCACCGCAACAAGCCUGUGGACUACUUCAUCCUCAUCUUGCAGGGUAAGGUGGAGGUUGAGGCUGGGAAGGAGGGGAUGAAGUUUGAAGCUGGUGCCUUCUCUUAUUAUGGAGUGCUGGCUUUAACCUCCUCACCAGUUCCUCUCUCCUUGUCUCGAACGUUUGUGGUGAGCAGGGCAGAAUCACUGGCAGGAUCUCCAGAAAAUAAGUCACCUCCACGAGUGUUCGGACUCAACCACUCGGACUCCCUGAACAGGAGUGACCGGAUGGAGGUGGUCACUCCCACACUGGGCAGCAGCAACAACCAGCUCAACUCCUUCCUGCAGGUCUACGUGCCAGACUACUCCGUGAGAGCCGCCUCUGACCUGCUCUACAUCAAGGUGUCCCGCCAGCAAUAUCAGAACGCCCUGAUGGCAUCUCGCAUGGACAAGACGCCCCAGUCCACAGACAGCGAGUUCACCAAGAUCGAGUUGACCUUCACAGAGCAUCAGGAUGGACCACUGGACGAGUCGGCCACUCUUUUGACCACCAUCACACACAAACCCAACCACACCGGCCACAACGACGGGGCUAUUUAACCAUCCUCAGCGUAGAGAGAAUGGCAAAAGAGAGCAAACGGCUCCGUUCGCCUCUCACGUAGUGAGCGAGAGAUCUUCUCGUACACUGGGCAGCUUCACUUUGACAUAACGAGUCUUCUCAUCAUGGUCAAUUUCAAAGGGGAACGUACGCAAAGACUACAAUGUGAAGGGCCGCAUAUCCCACAAUGCAUGCACUAAUGACCUUAACCGCUUUUGUAGGCAACGGAUCAGUCAGGGACCACCACAUCAUUCUCGCUCGCUCAUUCGAUCGAGUACAGACACACUUGAAUGCACAUUCUCACUUCCAAGGAGCAAGGUGACGACCCACACCACACCUCGACCAGAUGGACAAAGAAAUAACGGUGCCUUUAGACAGCUCUCGGUUACUGUCAACAAACGAGGUCCCAGAGGCCCCGGGCGACACAGAGCUCUCCAUUCGACCCAGGAAGCCUGAGCAGAUGCAGCCGCAGGUGAGAUAUCAGCAACCGGGAGGCUUGUAAACACUCGACGGAGAUCAAUAACACCCAAGCCCUUCGAGAAAAGCCAUGAUACAUCUCUGCCUAUCAGAAGAGCCCUCACGACCAAAGACAGUUGGCAUAGACAGGAUAAUACAGGGCGGCAUAAUUGUGGGUCCUGUAAGAAAAUUUGUUACGCAUAAGCAGGCAAAACGGAAUUUGUCUGGACUGUGCCAAAUAACACUGACAAACGAUUUUAGUGUUUUCUUCUGCCCAGGUUAAUCCACGUCACUCACAGAUGGGCUUACGUCCAGUGUUUGCAGUACAAAGAAAUCCAAUGUGUUUACAUACGAGGGCCUUUUUCAUCUGUAUAUAUAGAAAGUGAGAGAGUAAGAGAGAUUUUUUUUAAUGUAAAUCCUGAGGUACAGCGACACCUAUUUUAAGGUGAAUAGAGUAAUACGUCUCAUGACUGGUUCCAUUUUUUUAUGUACAUACGUCGGACCACUUUUUAUUAACUAUAUGUUUUUGAUUUUCAGCUUUUGUUGUAAUCACGUAAUUCUUAAUUUUUAAAGAAACAUUUUGUAUGUCACAACUACUUUACUUCGGAUAGUUGCUAGCUGAAUUUAGGACCUCAAAGACACUAGAAGUGUUUUCGGCUUGAAGCGGCAGACCGAUGGCUGUAUGACAUCAUAGUACCGCGAGAGCGAUUCGAUAGAACACGGAGCUGUCUGCUUUCUAAUCGCGAUACUUUGAUGUCGAACAACGAUCGGUCUGCGCACCACCGCUUCAUGACGAACACGCCUACAAUUUCAGGAACUUACACUGUAACUUAUAUCUCAUCUUCAGGUUCCACUAUUGCUCUUUUAUCUUAUUAGUUUUCGAAAAGCUAUUCAUGUAGGACUCUAUGUUAUGGGAUUGUAAAAAAGGUACUUUAUGAUUUAUUGCAUUUUAAAACCGAUAAAAAAAGGAAAAUAAUUCAGCAUUCAUGUAUUUAUUUUGUUUGACCAUGACAAGAUUACAUUAAUGCUCUUGAUACAAAGGGGAAUGAAUCUCUCUGGCUGGUUUUUUUUAUCCGCUGACUGUUGUCUUGACUGAAGCGUAAAGCCGCUGAUAUCAGGACAUUCACGUCUCGAGCGUUUAUGUAGCAACCUCUCAGUGCAAUAGUGCAACAGCUAUGCAGGGACAAUCAUGACCAAUUAAUGUGCUCACAGGUAGGACAAGUUAUCCCGGAAGUAAACUAACAGAAUUUAAUAUGAAACUGAGAGGUAGAAGAAGUCUGUUAGAUUAACACAACUACUGUUAAGGGGCUUGAGAUGUGAAAUAGUGAUUGGUGAACACUAAUAAAAGGCUACGGUCAGCAUUCCUGUUUUCUUUUACACUGACCGCUUAUUCCAUUUUUUUUUCACAAUGUGUUGGAAAGAAACGCCUGUUCAUUUCACUUAAAGUAUUUGGUGAUAUCCUACAGAUCAGAUCAGUGUUUUCAUGUUGGAUCGCCUGCCUUAGAAAAGAGAAAAUGUCUUUAAAUAUGUGGUGCUCUAACAUGCGGUUUGAGUCUGUCACACUGCUGCUAUUUUCAGUCUUGAAUGUGUAUAGAGAUACUGUACAGUAAUAAAGAGAGAGUACUAUUGUAUGCUUACAUACUACAAAACCAGACAAUGCUAUAUCAGAUUUAAAUAUACAUAUUAUAUAAAUAAUAUAAUGCAGAUGGAAUUUGCUAUAAUAAAACUGUUUGACAACUUUA